CCUGCCUGCCUGCAUUUUUUAUUUUUUUUAUUCUGGGCGAGAUUUAUGUUUUCCCCAGCAUUCUAUUCUUCCAAUUACUUGUCUACAUAUAUUGAUUCUUCCUCCAUUCCCAACACAUGGAUGUGGACCCUUAACACUCGAUCAUAUCAAGCUAAUCGAUCUUAGCUAGCUAGCUAGCUUGGCUUCUGUAUGAGCAUGGAAUUUGCAGGAGCAGGAAGCACUAACGAGAUGGAGGGGCAGGCAGAUGACGACCCAGAGAGCAACUCGCUGCAUCGACCUCUCCUCAAGAGAAACCGCACACUUUCCUCCACUCCGGUAGCCAUGAUUGGAGCUAAGGUUUCUCCCAUAGAGAGUCUGGAUUACGAGAUCAAUGAGAAUGAUCUGUUCAAACACGACUGGAGAAGUAGAUCAAAAUCUCAUGUUUUGCAAUAUGUUUUCCUAAAAUGGACACUGGCGUUCUUGAUUGGGCUUCUAACUGGAUUAAUAGCCACCCUCAUAAAUCUCGCAAUCGAAAACAUUGCAGGCUACAAACUUCUUGCAGUGCUCAACUACAUCGACAACAACAGGUACCUUAUGGGUUUUGCAUAUUUUGUUGGGACCAAUUUUCUUCUCACAAUGAGUGCUUCUGUUCUGUGUGUCUUUUUUGCACCUACCGCCGCAGGCCCCGGAAUACCUGAAAUCAAAGCAUAUCUCAAUGGAAUAGACACUCCCAAUAUGUUUGGUGCCACAACACUGAUUGUCAAGAUCAUUGGAAGCAUUGGAGCUGUAUCAGCAGGCUUAGAUUUAGGAAAAGAAGGGCCAUUGGUACACAUUGGAACUUGCAUUGCUUCUUUAUUAGGUCAAGGUGGGCCGGACGAUUACCGCAUCAACUGGCGUUGGUUCCGUUACUUCAACAAUGACAGGGACCGCAGAGAUCUCAUCACCUGUGGCUCAUCCUCAGGUGUAUGUGCUGCUUUCCGAUCCCCGGUUGGUGGCGUCCUCUUUGCUUUAGAGGAGGUGGCAACAUGGUGGAGGAGUGCUCUUCUCUGGAGGACCUUCUUCAGCACAGCAGUUGUUGUGGUAGUACUCAGGGCUUUCAUUGAGUACUGCAAAUCUGGUAACUGUGGGCUCUUUGGAAGAGGAGGAGGCCUUAUCAUGUUUGAUGUGGGUGGAGAAACUGUGAGGUACCAUGCUGUAGAUAUCAUCCCUAUUACACUCAUUGGAGUCAUUGGUGGACUUUUAGGAAGCCUCUACAACCAUGUUCUUCACAAGAUCCUCCGCCUUUAUAAUCUCAUCAAUGAGAAAGGGAAAUUACAUAAGCUUGUUCUCAGUCUGAGCGUAUCACUUUUCACCUCUGUCUGCCUAUAUGCACUUCCUUUCCUUGGCGGAUGUAAGCCCUGUGAUUCUUCUACUUCUACUGCAGAAGGGACUGGAAACUUGAAACAAUUCAACUGCCCAAAGGGAUACUAUAAUGAUCUUGCCACUCUUCUCCUUACCACCAAUGACGAUGCUGUCCGCAAUAUUUUCUCUGUAAAUACUCCCUCAAGAUUUAAUAUCUCAUCGCUUGCUAUCUUCUUCAUGCUGUAUUGUAUCUUGGGACUGAUCACAUUUGGAAUUGCUGUGCCUUCUGGUCUCUUCCUUCCUAUUAUCCUCAUGGGUUCGUCUUAUGGUCGUUUGCUUGGCAUUGCGAUGGGAAAAUAUACGCAUAUUGACCGGGGGUUAUAUGCUGUUCUUGGUGCAGCUUCCCUAAUGGCUGGUUCAAUGAGGAUGACUGUUUCCCUGUGUGUCAUAUUCCUUGAGCUCACAAACAAUCUCCUUCUCCUCCCAAUAACCAUGCUUGUGCUUCUGAUUGCAAAAAGCGUAGGAGACUGCUUCAACCCGAGUAUCUAUGACAUAAUAUUGGAACUGAAAGGCCUGCCUUUCCUGGAUGCAAACCCUGAGCCAUGGAUGAGAAACAUAACAGUGGGUGAGCUUGCAGAUGUGAAGGCACCAGUAGUUACGCUCUGUGGAAUAGAGAAGGUGGGUCGUAUUGUGGAGGUGCUUAAGAACACGACGUACAAUGGUUUCCCUGUGGUGGAUGAAGAAAGAGUGGCAACAGAACUUCAUGGAGUGGUGCUAAGAACUCACCUUCUGCUGGUACUGAAGAAGAAGUAUUUCAUGCAUGAAAGGAGGAGGACAGAGGAGUGGGAAGUGAGGGAGAAAUUCAGCUGGGUGGAUUUGGCUGAAAGAUGGGGUAAGAUUGAAGAUGUGGCAGUGACAAAUGAUGAAAUGGAGAUGUAUGUUGACCUGCAUCCCCUUACCAAUACAACCCCCUUUACAGUAUCAGAAAGCAUAUCAGUUGCAAAGGCAAUGGUGCUGUUUAGGCAGGUCGGACUUCGUCACAUGCUCAUUGUACCCAAAUAUCAGGCAGCGGGGGUAUCUCCAGUGGUAGGAAUCUUGACCAGGCAAGACCUCAGGGCACACAACAUCUUGGCUGUCUUCCCUCAUCUAGCCAAAUCAAAGGGCAGUAAUAAGGGGCACUGAGAAUAAAAAUGGCUGCUAGGCUAUCUUUCUUGCAACAUUCUUUAUAUAUUCCUUUUAAUUUGCACUUGUAUUCCCAAUUCACAUUCUUUCUCAGAGAUUCCAACAUAAGAAGAAAAGACAACAUUCUUUUUAUCAUCAAUUAUUUAUAUAUAUAUAUAUAAUAACAAAGAAUUGAUAUGUA